UGGACUGAUGGAGAUACAACUGUGUUCAUCAGUAAAUGGAGUGAGUUUUAUAAUCAACUCAUGUCUGGUGACUCACGAAACACUCCCAUUUACAAUGCUAUGGCAGAAGAAAUUAAAAAAGAAUUACCGUCUGCCCGAUCGAUUACAGGAAACGACGUCAAAACGAAAAUCACUAAUUUGUUAUCGGAAUAUCGAAGGAAGAAAAGAGAACAAGGAAAAUCCGGUGGAAGUCCUUGUUCGUGGCGUUUUUUUGAUCAAAUUGAUAACAUUAUUGGUCAGUCUUUCCUUCGAUGA